AUGGCGACAACCACCGCCACCACGACCACGGCGACCGCCGCGCCAGUCGCGCCCGCCACCCCCAAAGUGGCCAACAAAGGCCGCAUGACCGCCUCCUGGCACACCAAGCCUUCUUCAGAAUGGACCUUCCACGAGCGCUCGCUCAUCUGGCUCGGCGUGGCCACCGCCAACGACCCGUCCAACCCCGCUCCCGCGCCGCCGGUCUACCCGAAAUCCGCACCGGUCCCCGUCUACCCCGUGUGGAAGAUGCACCGCUACAUCGCGCCGCGAGCCCUCGGCCCUUUGCUCGUGCAUCACUUCUUCACCCAGUACACCGGCAUCCAGGUACCCGUGUGGGUGGCAACGACUCUCUAUCUCGCCUACUUCAUCGUCUACGGUACGCAGGUGUUCGCGUGGAACAACGCGAUGACGACCAAGUUCGGCACGUUCGACGGUGCUGCGGGCCGAGACGGUGUGCCGGAUGUCGACACGACGAGUGUCGCUCUGGGUCUGUUCAUGGUCGUCAUCAGUCGGGCGACCAUCGCUAUCCCUUACCUGUACGAGCCUUCUGCGCCAGUGCUGGACUGGUACACGGUAGCAAUGUUGCCGGUGAACUGCUUCAUGUUCGCCGUCGCCGUCGACUUCUGGUUCUACUGGUACCAUCGUCUGAUGCACGAAGUUCCCUGGCUUUGGAGGUUCCAUCGUAAGCACCAUACCACGAAGCAUCCUAUCGCCGCUCUCGGUGCGUUUGCGGAUCAUGAACAGGAGUUCUUCGACAUGGUUGGCAUCCCCAUCCUCGCCUGGUUGAGCUGGAGAAUUAACUUUGCCACUUGGUGGGUCAGCACCUGCUACAUCCUCUUCAUCGAGGCCUCCGGUCAUUCCGGUCUGCGUGGCUACUUCCAGAACCCCACGACGUGGAUGUUGCGCUACUUCGACGCCGAAUUGUGUCUCGAGGAUCAUGAUAUUCAUCAUCGUCAGGGGUGGAAGAAGAGCGGAAACUACGGAAAGCAGACCCGACUGUGGGACAAGAUCUUCGGAACCCAGAAGCCUAGGAUCGAAGGCACACCGGAUAACAUCAAUUGGGACGAUCCCAUGGACUUCCCUGCGCCGGUACCGGAAGAGAAGAAGGAGUAG